AGCAAAAAUGGCGCCCUCCAUGUUUUGUAAAUAAACUUAAGCGCCAUCAGUCCAAAGUUGUUCUAACAUUGUUCAUGUUGCACUACCUGUACUGAUGUACCUGUAGAAUAUUUAGAGAAGUAUAUUGAUGAGUGUUUGGUAAAAUAUGGCACUAUUUGGUAAACCAGUAAGAGUACCAGUCAUUGAUGUUAAUACAGAUAAUAUCAAAGAAAUAUGGCCAUCAUUAUGUCUAGCAAUAAAGUCAGCAACAUAUAUUGGUGUAGAUACAGAACUAAGUGGUCUUGGUGAUAGAAAGCUACUCAAUGCAAAAUGUAUAGAAGAUCGGUAUACAUCGCUGCUUGCAGUGGCCAAAUCCAGAUCUAUUUUAUCAUUAGGAAUCUCAUGUUUUAAGAUAAAGCCAAACCCAGAUGAAAAAAGUAAAUCUAAAUGGUAUUAUUAUGUGCAGACAUUCAAUAUUAUGGUUCUUUGUAGCGAAAAUUAUAUUGUAGAACCAGCAUCACUCAAGUUUUUGGUGGAUCAUAGUUUUGACUUUAAUAGACAAUAUGCUACUGGUGUUUCAUAUUAUAGAGGCAAUGAUAAGGACAAUUCUUUUCACAAUUCACCAUCAGUUCGUGGGAUAUUUAGUUUAAUUGUGUAUAGCCAGGUUCCGUUGGUGUUCCACAAUGCCUUUGUAGAUCUAGUAUUCCUCUACCAGAAUUUCUACGCUGAUUUACCCAAUAACUUUACAUGUUUUGUGGCAGACUUGAGUGAGAUGUUCCCAACUGGCCUUAUUGAUACCAAAUAUAUUACCGACUUUUUAGAAAGAUUUGAAGCUUCGUAUUUAGAAUAUGUUUUUAUGCAGUGUCAGAGAGAGAAUUUAAAUCAUCUAUGUGAAAUGAGACAGGAAGUAUCUUUUGAAUUUCCUAAUUACCCUGAUGCCUAUAAAGCUGUAGGUUAUCAUUACAGUGGUUUUACACCUAGAGAAUGGAGUGAAUCUGAAAUAGAAAAACUUCGUUCAUCAAUAUGUUUAUGUUUCGCUGCACAUGGUUGGUGUAGUAAACCUCGGACGUGUCCAUUACUACAUGAUGUUGAUCUUAUUAUUAGUAUUGAUUAUCUUCUCUCGGCGAAACAAAGACGCAGUCGGAAACGUAGUCGUAAUAGAAAACAUAAAGGCAAUAAAUCAGUGAAAUGCGAAGAUGACCUACAAGAAGAUAAUGACUCUUUGAAAAACUCUGAUACAGAAAGUGAAGUUUCAGCAGAAAUCAGUUGUGACAAGGGAGAUAAUUCUGAUUCUUCUGCUGUCAAAAAGUCAAAAAUGGACAUAAAUUGUGGUGGAAAAGAAGAGAAUAAUAAGAAUGGGUUGGAAAACAGUAGUAAUGUCUCAUUAGUACCUAGUUUUAUAGAACAUACUAUAGAUAAUACAAACAGUGAAUCAGAUGAUAAAAGUGGACCAUGUGAUUCAAGUGAUCACUGUAAAAAAUGUGAUAAUAUACCAACUGGAAAAGCAAAAGAAAAAAGAUGUGGUGCUAGUCAUUCCAAUGAUGCAAGUAGUUCUCCUAAUGAAAUACCUAUUAAUUCUUCUCAAAUUGCUUUAAAUACUGAAGGUUUAUCCUCUUCUAGGAGUGGCGGACAUAGAGCUGGCUUUGAUGCCUUUAUGACUGGUGCCAUUUUGUCUGUUUUUGUAGCCAAAAAUAGCAAAAAUAUGGAUACUGAUUUGGAGAUUUUAAAACUAAGUGAUUUUAAUGUCAAUCAAUUUAUAAAUAAGAUAUAUUUAUCAGGAAAAGACAUGCCAUUGAUUAUCACCAAAAGUUCGUUUUCAAAAGUUUCCAAUAACCACAAAGUGAAACUAGAGAAAUUAAAAUAUUGUGGGUUGUGAAUUUAUGCAGAACAUCAGUAGAUUGUUAAAUGGCUCAAGACUGAUUAAAUGAGAAAAAAAAAACACAGCCUAAUUUAGGCUUUUUUUAUCUUAUAUGACAUCAUAUUUUUAUGUACAUUCUUAAGUACGUAUUCAUAUAUGCCAUUUUAAUUGUCAAUUUUACACAAUCAAUUUUAUUUUCUUAUUAUAGAUGUAAUAUAUAAAUAUCUUGUCAAAAUCCAUAUUAGGCCAAAAUUAGGUAAAUUCUUGUUUCAUGUAAAAUGUAGCCUAAUUUUAUGGUCGUGUGACAUGCAAAUAAGUCAUUAUAGUUACAACCAUCAAAUGGUUUUUAUACACUCACAUUUAAUAUAGACGUAUAUUGUUGUUACAUCCAUCCUUUUGAAGUCUCCGAAUGUUAUUUGAGGCAUUAAGGAUGCCCUUGCAAACUACAAUAUUGUGAGGGUUGGAUCUCUAAAAGGAUUUCAGGCCAAAAAUAGUUACCAAGACAUUUUAAAUUGAAAAUUUUGCUACAGUCGGCAUCCUGUGCAGAUGAUAGAAGCAAGACAGCACCACCUUUAAGUUUUGUAUCCGAUUGAAUCCAAGCCGUGAGAUUUUCUACCAUUGAUAUUUGUUUGUUUCCUUGAUUAAAUUUUAAAUAAUUCAUUUUGGUACACUAUAGUGUGGAUUAAACAUGCAUUAUGCGAGAGCUAAAUCUGCCUAUUGCAGGUCUUUGGGCCUUAAAUGUUAUAUAAAUUAUUAAUUAGACAUUUAUUAAGAUGACAAGACCAUAAUCAACUCUUGAUGCCAUCAGAUGGCUUCGAUUUUAGGUAGAUUAGAACAGUUUGGCCAUUUAAUGAUUUAAUUUAAAAAUAGAGGCGUAAGGCUCAAAUAACCAGUACAUUGUUUACGAUCAAUGCACAAAUCUUGUCAAAACUACAACUUUUGAUAAUUUGAAUUCAAUUUUCAAUAUAUUCAUUUUUCAUUAUCUGUUUUUAAAAUAUAACAGCGACAAUGGCCAGCCCUUUAUCCAGUUGACUCCCCCCCCCCCCCAAUGAAUAAUGAAUAUUUUGAACAUUUCAUUCAAAUUAGGCUACUUUAUUUUGAGCAAAGUUUUGUAAGAUGAAGCAUAGAUUGUUUAUUAUCAUAGCAAUGGUACUGGACAAACAAGACUUAAUCUAAAUAAUAGUUCAUAUAACAUUUGAAGUCAAAGUAAAGAUCUGCAACACGCAGAUUUAGCUCUUACAUAAUGCAUCUUUGUUUUGUUUAUGGCUAAAACUGUUGAGUAUUGUAAACAAAAUCAAGACUGGCUUUAUCAGCGGUCAUAAAAUUGUAGACAUAGACAGAUACCCACUUCACAAUUCAACACAUCAAAUUUAAUUAAACCAAUACUUUUAUU